CAGUGCAGUGGCGGCGAAACCGAUUCAUCCGACUCCCGGCACCGCCGCCGACCGCGGACCGUCGAGCAGUUACGUGCGGGACCGGUUGCCGUGUCGGUCCGUCGUCGUGCCGUUCUUGCGCUCGCGCGUGCGAUAUAUAUAUAGUUCCGUCCGGUAUUUUUCAGCGUUAUCGUUUGCCUACCGCCCCGUGAUACUGUUUUUCGUGUUUCCCGUACGAUUCGCGCGAAUCCUGUUUCAUCCGCGAAGCUGUGCCGCGAGGGAUUGUCAGAACAAGUUGUUCCUCUAUGUGGUUUACUGGCCGAUAACGACGAAGUUGACGAAAAAGGAAAUCAACGGACCAUGGGACCGACCGUGGUGGCAGUGGCGGCAGCCGACUCGUCGGAAGGCGGCAGCAGCGGUGGCGGCGGCGCGAAAAAAAAAGGCAUAAGGCGGUUGUUGACGCCCGCCAUAUUCAGUAGCAACAAUAAGGCGGCGGACGUCAGUGGAGGAGCCGUUUUGCCGCCGGGGUCCGCGCAUCAAGUGGUCCACCGUCAGAGCAAGACUCUAAUCGAGACGGCGUUCGUCAGCAGCAACAACAACAACAACAACAAUAGUAACGGUCUCGACAACAACAGCAGCUCUGCCGGAAACGCGACGUACGGGUUGCAACAACAGCAGCAACAGCAGCAGCGCGUUCAGUACCUGCAAGGGACGAACCGACGCGCGAACCCGGCAAAUGAUUUCCGGUCUCGGAGUGUCAGUCCCGGAUCUUUCGACCGCGACGCGAACGCCAACUAUGGCGUCGGCCGCCGAGCGGACAGCGCUUGUUCACUAGUCUCGUCGUCGUCGUCCACAUGCGUGGCCGCCAUCCCGGAAUACUCGGGUGGUAGUCCUUCGUCGUCGGGCCGCCGGUCAGCUCCCAUAGUCCCGUACUCGCAGUACUACAACAACCGCAACGGCGGUUCGGUGCCGGCACAGCAACAGCAACGGCAAACGCGGCCGCAGCAGCAAAGGUUGUUGCUCAUGCCCGUCGGCGCCCAGGUCAAGAUCACCGGACCGUCAGCGCCGUCGGCCGCUGCGUACGCGUCCGCUCUCCGUCAGCAACAGCAACAGCAGGUCGUCAUCUACGGCAACGUGCCGGCGACCGCGGCCGAGAGGAGCCCGUUCGUCCGCGGAUUACCGCAUCGGGCCACCAUCGGGUGCGUUCGGGAAUCACCCAGCAGGCAGUCGACCAUCUACGAGACGGACGAAGACGCGGCCCCGGCUGACGGUGGUGGCCAGAAGAGGUUCCAGCCGAUUUUCAAACGAGGCGCCCUGCAAGCGCCCGCCGAAGAGCCGGCGGCCGUCGCGUUGGCUAGCCCGAAGAGGGUAAGCUUCUCGCCGCAGCCGUGUGCUGCAGCUCCGAGGUCACUGCAAUCCGCCGAACCGGCCGCGUACUGGCCCACCAAGAAGGGCCCGUCCCCGCAGCCGCCCACCAGGCGACGAACCGCUGACUCGCCGGUGGCUGCGGUUGCUGACCGGCCGCUGCCGCCCGUGCCCAAGAGGAGCCCGUCCACCUCGGCCAUUUACGGCACACUGCGCGGCUUCAAUGAAGGCCAGUCAAAACAACCACAGAUGAUUCAGAACCGAUGGUGUCCACCGUCUCCGCAGCAUCACUAUCAUCAAUCCGGGUCCGAGUCCGGCAGCGAGGCCGGAGAGGUACAGCGCAUACUGAACGUCAAAAACGGUCAUCUGGUCAUCGACGAUGAUUGGAGUGGUGACGGGAAAACCAGAGGGACCGUCGAACAAGCUGGUGAUGAAAUCCGUCGUGGCAGAUCUUCGAGGAGAGACGAUCCACGUCGGCACACAUUAUCUGGCGAUCAACAUCAUAACUAUCAACCAGCUCUGACAAGGUCUAUGGAUUUGGAGAUGGGAACAAAAACGCAACGGAAAAAAUCUCCUUCGUCUAGAGGAGGAUAUCCACCAGCUACUGGCAUGCUAUUUGAUGACGACCCAGGAAUAAUGUCUGAAGUGGAAACUAGUUCUACUGGGUUUCGAAGAGGGAACAAACAAAGGAGCUCAUUACCAGUUGUCCGAACCCCGUCAAAAACUUUAGAACGCCCAUUAGGUGACCCGAUGUUGAAUGAUGAAAUGGCUUUCCAUAAUAUGAUGACUCACUCACGGCAAAGUUUAGGUCUGGUAUUUCUGCAAUACCGUAGCGAAACAAAAAGAGCAUUGUUACCAAAUGAAAUUACUUCUAUUGACACGGUCAAGGCGCUGUUCGUUCGGUCUUUUCCUAAACAGCUCACUAUGGAAUACAUGGACUCAUCACUGGUGAAAAUCUAUAUUCACGAUUCAUCGAAAGAUAUGUUCUACGAACUAGAAGACCUCAGGUCACAUCUCAACGAUAUCCGGGAUAGAUCAGUGUUGCGACUUUUCGAAUCAGCCGAGGGCGGUCCUCUUCCCCAAGGUCUCACAAUAGCCGCACCCACGUGGGAUCAAGAUCAAUCGUACUUCAGCGAACCAGAAUUUGAUUCCGAGUACCAACAUCAGCAUAUACACAAAACCAAGGGAAGUAAAUGUACUAGCGGCGGCGCGCCAGGGCAACCGUAUUACAUGACCCAUCAGUUCCCGCCAGGAUCGUCGGCUACACUACCCAACAGAGGCCGGCCGCCCACCGGGUCCAUACCGGCCAGAACGUAUUCACCUGCCAUACCGCCUGUGGCUGCUAACAAAUCGUCAGGGUACAUGUCAUCACCAGAGAGGGCUGGCUCUCGAUCAGGAUACACAGCACCUCCAUAUAUGUCGCCUGGAGGUUCAUCAUUCGAUGAAAACUCCUAUUAUGGCUAUGGCCCCAGGACGGGGUCUAUCACACCCGUUAUCGACGAAGAAACCAGCGACAACGAGCUAAUGGAAGACCCGUUUAGUAUGUACACCGUGAAACCAUCGAUAUCCAAAAGAUCGACGUACGGCAACCCGCCGACCGUCCCUUAUGACGCUACCAGGAUACGUGUGGAAAACAUGGAAAGACAGAUCGCCAACCUAACGGGAUUGGUUCAGAAAGCCCUGACACACGCGCCGGUUGUUACAGCACCUUUCAGAAGUGCUAGUGAUGAGUUCGAUAAAGUCUCCAGCGGCAGUACCACAUCUCUGGCAGAGGAACCAUACAAGCGGUCUGACACUAAACCUCCUAAACUUGGACGAGACAAAUCAGUUUCAUUUGAGAAGUCCGUAUCGUUCAGCGACGAGCCACCUGACAUGAACUCGCCGAAACAACAUUCACCUCAGAGUUCAGCGGACACGAAACCUGCGAAACCGGCAAUUAAAUCGUCUACAUUGCCUAGAACAGCGUCUCAAGAAAAAGACAGAUUUAAGCCUCAUCCUCCACCUAAGCCAUCUGCCAUACCCGGCCAAUACGACGACAGGCAUUUGUACAGCGAUUUACAGCUCACACCAGAAAUGUAUAACCAGCUAAGAGUAUUACAGAAAAAAGCAAAAGAUUUGAGACAAGAAGCACGGAGCUUAAGACGAAUGUCUCAAGCACAAGCCCACUCCAUUCGUGAAACUAUUAAAGACACGUUCAUAAAAAUUAGAGCGUUGAUCGCUUCCGGCGCCGACCAGGCGUGGAGCGAAUCCGGAUCGAAAGAGAGGGCACGCGUGGACAGGGAAGAGGAUAUAUACAAACAGGAGAUUAUCAGGCUGGAAACCGACUUGACGGAACUCGAGAGCACGGUGGAAGAAUUGAGGGGAAACGUCAUUAACAAGAAGUCCCGAGUAAACAUGUCAGACGUGGAAAACAUGGCGCUUGUCCUCAGCAAAUCCAGUAAAACUGUUGCGGAAUUGAAACUGAAGUUUCCGAGUCUACAGGAAUCUAUCCGAAACGUAUUGACCAAGGAAAUGGACCGAGCCGUUACUGAGGAAAAGUUUCUCAAGGAUGAGCCCGAUCGACUCGAGAGCGCACUCAAACGAUGUAAAAAAUUAACCGGAACGCUUGUAACACUCAAGAGACUAGCAUCCGUACAAGAACAGCGUUUGCCCGAUCCCAGACUAUCACCGACUAAUGAAAACACUCCGCCAAUUACACCUACAUCGUCCGCCAAGGGGAGUGUCGUUGGACAGGGGAGUGUCGUGGACCAGGCCGGAACCGGAUCAGACGGCGGUGCUGGAAAGCGCGAGCCAACAGGUACGGAGAACGCACUCGACACUUUGCUAGACGAACUCCAGACCACCCCCCCGUCGACAUCGUCCGCGGUGACGGCGGCGACGGAUACGGCAGCAACGGCAUUGGUGACGGUGGCCGAGACGGCCGCGGUAACCGCGGUAACGCCCGUGGCCCCCGCGUGCCUGGCCCCGAAACCGGUGCUACGGCGGUUGAGCAGCACCUCGUCGGAAGCGGGCAAGCCGCCCGUGCCGGAACGCACGCCCGACCUGCAGAACAAACGCAUGCCGCCGCCGCCGCCGCCGCGGACCAGUUCCAAGUCUCCGGUGGCGUCGCCGACCACGUGCGUGGGCGGCUCGGUCGCGUCCACGUCUCCCAGGAGCUCGGUGUCGUCGUCGGCCGGCAGCCCGCCCAGCCGCAAGGGAUCGCUGACCACCGUCAUGUCCGCCGUCCCGUCGACGAUCCCUUCAAGCGGCGGCUGCGGUAAACCGCCGAUGCCCGAACCGCCGAUCGCACAGCAGCAGCAGCAGCACGCUACCUUAGUCGCGACCGGGUCGGUCAGCAGGCAGGAGCAACUGGAACAGCGGCACCAGGAACUGUUGAAGAAACAGAAAGCGCUGCAGGAGCAGUACAUGCGUCUGCAGCAGCUGCAGCGUUCGCAACCGACGCCCGACUUGCUGCAGCUGAAGAAGACGGGCAGCGAGGGCAACCUGUUGCUGAAAAUGGGCCUGUCCAUGAGCGCGGCCGCUCCCAUAUCGGGUUCGCUCACCCAGCUGGCCGUCGCGGUAAAGUCGUCGGCCGCCGACGCCGAGAAACGACAAUCCGACGUGGACGCCGCCACGACGAACAAGACCGCGGCCACUAUGUCGAACAACGCUGCCGCUACCGCCGCGACGACUACCGUCAACAAAGUGUACGAGACGGACAUAAUUUGACCCACGACGGACGUCUGAAUUGUUACGACGAACAACACAUCGGCGCGCGCGUGACACACGAUUUCCUGCGCGCGCCAGGACGGUUUCCAUUCGAAGACGUGUCGUGCGACCACGGCCGUCGCACCCUCACACCUCCGACCGACUUGUCGAGCUACAUUAUCCUCAAAACGCUCAUCCCCGUUGUCUUGCUCUGGAUCAGCCAAAGCGUAUAAUAUCUGUACAACGCUGCCGCCUUCGGAACUUUCGGGUUCCGACGAAUCUGUCCGUGGUACACAUAAAUUUAUACUGUCAUCAUGUCCUACGUAACCUACCUGCUACUAUUCGGUCUUUGACACUGCGGGACUACGCUCAGUUAGGCGCUACACGCGUGGACACCCGCAACGAAAAAUAUCGUAUACUAUGUCUGUCGCCAACUUUUCGGGAUGAUAUAUGUACGUAUACCAGUUUUUCGAAAAAUAAUUUUGAAAAAUCUCUUCUGUUGCUUAAGAAACCAUAAACCGUAUUUCCCCCAUUCCAUAACAAACUUUAAGUUUUUUUUUAAUGAGAUACAGACUACAUAAACUGCCGUUUACUAUAAACUUUUUCGUUGCGGGUGUCGACGCACGUUCGUCAUUAUUGUUUAUAUUACAGUGAAAACUUUCUAUGGCGGCGUUGCACGGGACCUAAUAAGUAUUAUAUUAUGUACGCCCGUCCUCGACAGUUUUCACGUUCAUUAUAUUAUAUUGUACACAGUGUGUUCGUGACAUUAUUAUUAUUGUUAUUACUGUAGCGCUGUGACGCGAACGCAUUCGUUUAUGUAUUCAUACGAAUUACAAUAGUGUAUACCUAACCUCUCUUUUGACUUGCCGAAAACCGUUUUUUCGAUAUCAAUAUUAUACGCGUUACCGUGCUCGAAAACGAACCAUGAUUGAUCUCUUGCGGUGCAGUGCCAAAGUAUGUAUAGGAAUGAACGUGAACACAUCGAAAACCGCAUUUCUGCGCCUUCCUCCCGCCCUCGCCUGUGUCGAAUUUCUCUGGCGAAUUCUUCCACUUCGAAGAAUCGGCCGGGCCACCCUUACGACCGUAUUAUUUACGUAUAUGUACGUACACGGGAUUUGGGUCCGGGAAAACGUUCUCAAAAAAAUAAUAGUAUAAUAACAGGUAACACGCGCGUUCUGUACUCUCGUUGCAUGUACCUCCCGUACACAUAACAUUACGUAUCCGAAUAGUACAUUGUCCGGAGAGAUGUGAGGGUACACAGCCGUGAUAAAAAAUAAUUUUUUCGGGAAAUGUCCGAAUCCAUCCGUGUACAACGCAGCAAAAAUAGCGUUUGCGCGCGUAUACUCCCAGUAUACGUUGUUACCCGCUUACUUUUACUGGCGUGUAGGGCUAAACCUAGAGGUGAACGCAUUAUUAUUGUUGUGGUGCUCGUACGAGAACGGGAUUCGAUCGGGCGCGCACUUUUUACAAGAUUUAUUUUUUUUAUUUAUUUUUUUUUUUUUUUAACCCUAACGAGAAAUUCAAUUUUCCGGUACAUGGUUACAGCGGACCGGGUGGAAAGUGUAGGAGUAACAGACCGUCAGACAGACAGACAGAGAUAGAGAUUGUAAUUGAUAUAAGUCGGUUCAGUUGCAUGAGCAAGUCGGUAUUUGACAAUUUCACGUUGUUAUAAAAUAAAAUUAAAAAAAUACAAAAACAUAAAGGUACGUACGUACUCGUCACGAACACGCGGCGGCACCGUUGUACAUUUAUCAUUGUGUAUAUUGUUUAGUUUUUCUUCUCUGUAAUUAUGUUCGUUAAGUUACUGUUGUAAUGUAUUAAUAUUACACCCAUGUGCAUAUUAUGUUAUAUAACUUAUUGCCUAUACGUUGCUCAAUACGUUCCUCGCGCGCGCUACUGUAUAGCGCAGUCGCGCAUAGCGCACUGUGAAAAGAUUGAUAUUUUGUACAAACAAUUAUAGAAAAAAAAUUACAACAUAUACUAUUAUUGGGAAACUCGCGAUUUUCAUCUCUUGAUGUAUACGGAAUUCGCAUACGACUAUAACCAAGGGCGGACUGAGGACUCGGAUGGGUAGAUAAAAGUUUUACAAACUGGCAAACGACUCGUGCUACAAAUAUAGCUCGAGGCCCACACUUAACAUUUCUGGAGGGCUUGGGUGGGUACGACCACCUACCAGCUCUGUCAGUCCGCCCUGUAUGAGUGUAAAGCUUUUAACAUAAAUUUCCGGAUCCUAUGUCGUAGAAGAACGAGUGAUUUGUGUUUUAUUCUUGUUGAACAUUUUUCGCGAGAUUUCACUGUGUUCCAUCACGGUAU